UAGAAAGUUAUACUUUUAAGUAAAUGGAAAGUAGCCCUAUUGUACCAAACCAAGCAGAGGUUCUUGAAAGGCUAAAGCUUAUGUACGAGCAGAUGAGCGAAUUCUUCAUCAUUCAAAGUUACAGAUCUCGAAUUGAGAGUGAUGGUGUUAUCAGGGAACUUGACUCCACUGAAUUUUUAAAAAUUUUCCGAAACGCAUUUCCUGAACUCAUUACUGCACAAUCGAGUGAUUUUGAAAGUAAUUUCAUCAGACAGACUGCUAAAAACAAUAUUUCAGUUGAAGAUGUCAUUAUGAAGAGUGAAGGAAGUGAUGGUAUGGCAAAUAACAGUUCUGACAUGGACUGUGACACUAGUGAGCCAUGCGCAAUUACACCUGUACUAAAUAUGCAGAACAGAGCGCAAUCAAGAACAAACACUAAAGCCCCAAGGAAUUAUAGAGCACCUAAAAAGAUCCCAAAUUGUAGACAAUCUUUAAAUUCGAGACAAUUCACCAAUCCAAGAAUGAAUUCAGCAUGAAGACAACAUUCAAACCCAAGACAGCACACAAACCCAAGACAGCACACAAACCCAAGACAGCACACAAACCAAAGACAACACGUAAACCCAAGACAACACGUAAACCCAAGACAACAUAUAAACUCAAGACAAUCUUCAAACCCUAGAAAGAAUUCAAGUUUUAGAGGGCAAAGAGAUCCUAGACAAAAUCAGAAUCCCAGACAGCAUUGCAAUCCUCGUCAAAAUCAGGCUCCUUGGCAUUCCAACCGCAACAAUCAGAUUGAAAUUAUCCAUGAGAUAGUGGAUUUAGGGAUUGACAAACCAAUUUAUGGCUGCAAAGAGAUCCUAAAUCUUGAUGGAACUCCAAUGUUGAAUAAGAGUCAAUCCAACUCUACAUUCAAUGCCAAGAACCCUCAAAAAGAAAACUCAUCUAACCCCAGUGAUCAUCCCUUAGACUCCUCUUUAAGAACCCUCUCAACAGAAUGUCCAGGCACCGAUCCCCGAAACUCAGAAGAAUUCAAGCAACUGUCUUCUCAUGGCCGCAUGUAAGCAAGCGCAAAUAAAUAUAUUGUUUGGAAGACAGAAUUUUAUAUUUUUGAGUGGAAUCACUGAAAAUG